UGAGAAUACUCAGAGUCACGCAGCCCCCAACGAAAUGGCGCAACAACGAACUUCCCCAGACAAGUCCGCACCACCCUCUCCAGAAUAUAGCUUCGGAGAGGAGUCGUCUACCACUCCAGACUAUAGUCGAUAUGACCCAACUUCGCGUCUCGCGGGCCGAGCUACUGCCCCGCCCACUAACUUAUCCGCGUUCUCUUCCCCACCUCCAAUUGCGGACAGACGACCGCAUGGAGAUCAACAAAGACACCCCAAUCAUAUACUGCCAACUCCACCUCCUUCCCAGGGCAUCCACUGGCAUCAACCUCAGUAUGGAAACCCCAACCAGAUGCUGCCAACGCCGCCAUCUUCUGUGGGCAAAUAUGGCUCAUAUCAACAGCAGAAUAUAAACCCAGGCCAUACAUUGCCAACUCCGCCAUCUUCUAUGGGCAGCUAUGGCUCAUAUCAGCAGCAGAAUAUAAAUCCGGGACAUACGCUACCAACUCCGCCACCUUCUCAGGGCAACUAUGGCUCAUAUCAACAGCAGAACAUGAAUCCAGGCCAUACGUUGCCAACUCCACCACCUUCUUAUCGCACUGCCGGCCCUUAUCAAGCGCAACAGAGGAUGUCGAUGUACGGGCAUUUGCCGACUCCGACCCAGUCACCCUCCUACUCUAUGUCCAUGUCCAGCGUGUACAAUCAAAACAGAUAUGGCCCACAGAAACCACCCACUCCUGCUUCACUACAUGGAACACCAGAACCUACUGGCAUCGUGAAUCCUUCGGGGUCACAAGUAGCAUCCCGGCCGCAAGACAACCAUGAGCUCCGGAGAAUCUUCGAAGCUGCCGACAAGGAUGGUGUGGGACGCCUAGGUCCCGCAGAGUUGGAAGCGGCGUUGGCGAACAACGAUUGGCCCCAAUUCCAUGCCGAUACACUGUGGGCGCUCUUGGCCAUGUUCGGCGAGUCUGAUGCCGGGUCUCUGGACUUUAGCGAAUUCUGCAAACUUUCAGGGUUCUUAUCGGCGUGGAAACCACUUUUUGACCUGUUCGAUGAGGAUAGGGAUGGGUACAUAUCCCUGGAGGCAUACCACGCUGCGAUAGUAGCUUUCCAAUAUCGCUUAAGCUGGGAUUUCGUGCGCAAGAUGUUCAAUGUCUACGAUAAAGACCCGAAAGGACUCAACUUCGACUCGUUUGUAUUGUCUUGUGCCAACUUGAAGACGAUGACAGAUCAAUUCAAACGUUGGGACGGUGAUAGGGACGGCUACAUUACCUUACCAUUCGAGGACUAUCUAUCUGACAUCUUACCCUUCAUUCGCGUCAGACCGACGGGGCAAAAGGAGUCGCUCAAACCACCCAGUGCAAGCAUAGACGAAACACCCGAUUCCAACACGUCGAGCAAUCGGCGCCCGGCACCGCCUAGGCCUGGUCUGUCAACUGUCAUGGAAGAGAAGUCAACUUCGAAAUCUGAUCUGAACACUUUGGGGGAGGAAACCCCAAAAGAAGCACUGAGUCACCGUUCUGAGACUGACGACUUAGAGGGUGUAAAGGCGGGAGGCGAUGAGACCCGCGAUUGGCAAGAUUGGACAACCUCUUGUCCUAAUUUACCGGAGGCCAUCUCCGACAACCUGGAACCUCGCCAAGUUUUCGGAAGCGGACGGGUAUGGACGUGUACGCCAUCGAAGAACACGCCCGUAGAUAAAAUCCCUCUUACAAUCGGAGGGCACCCAGUGGUUAUUCCUGUCCCGUACUAUUACCCAGCGUCUGCAUUCAGCAUACCGCCUCCCGACCCACAUCCUCGCUUUAUCGACCCAUCGAUCUCAUUGGAUGAGGAUACGGUAAACGAAAUCUUUAACAAUUUUGAACACGUUUUGGGAUUCUACCUUUUCAUCAAUGGUAUGCUGCAGCUUAUUGUUCCGGACGAAUUCGAUUUCCAACAUGCUCUGUCGCACCAACCAAAUGGGUUUGGAGGCCUCCGAGUUAGUUAUAUACCUGAAGCCAUGAUACCGACAGCAGAGAGACAAGGAGGGCCGUCUUCAACUGUCAUGGAACCUCCAACUACAACACCAUUGCCAGCAACCCAAAAGAACGAUACGAACCCCUUGAAAAGCUCUACACAAUCCGUGAUUCAACCACAGAAGACCAGCAGUUCGAGCACCAAUUCCUCUCACAAACCAGCACGUGGUGGUGAUCCAAUGAAUCUCAAGAUUGGGAGCAUGGUACAGGCUGCCGUAGAAGGGGCCAAAACAACUGAUAGGUUUCAAGGAAAGAUUGGACUCAUAACAGAAGCGAAUGAUCAGUAUUACAUGGCAGUAUCAUCACACAUACUCACCCAGGCAUUAGCUGCGGCGAAAUCUGACCAGUUUCCCGGCAAGGACUGGAAGGAUAGUGUGAGGGUGAUCGCGAGCAAUGGGGGUCAAGAGAUCGGCCAGAUUGCAGAGACGUUCGACCCGCAUGCAAGAACCUUCCCCCAUGGCUUUCUGCACGACAUCAGCCUUGUUGACGUCAGUUCCGCGCCAAUGCGCUUAGUCGCUGGCAUCGUAUCACCAAUGCCUACAGACUGGCUAUCUCAAGUGGGCUGGAACAGCAUCAGAUACAACUCGAAGAACCUUUUCCUACUGGAUAGCCCCGAUAUUCGGACCAAAAGUAUUGGUAUUCUAGGAAGCCAAUGCCAGAUGGUGGGCCAAGCAAUCUUCAAACUAAGGGAACAGUCUGAGAAGAAAACAAGAUUUCGGUUUUCUUUCGCGCUUAAAAAAUCGGACUCAGGAGUGACCGUGAGACCUGGACAGGCCUAGUCUCACGGUCACUCCUUUACAGAGUUGAUCCUGCGUUGAGAGCACCAGGAGCCCAGAGUGGAACGGCCGUGUGUAUACACGAGGAUGCCGGUGAUGAUGUACUGUGUGCAAAAGUCGCCGGUUUCUCAUCUUGGGCACAGCCGGUGGCUGAGUUCACGAGAUUUGACAUGGAAGGUCGGAAAUUCUACAACCGCUUAGAGGAUGGGCAUGUGUCCUUUUAUGGUGCAUUUCAAGCACCAUUGACGCUCAGAAGUGAGCAUCGCAUCGUAUGAAGUGAACAUGUUCUGAAUAGUAGAUAUUAUGACUUGCUAGCCGAUUCAUGACAUUCGUUAUAGAAAGCCCGAAGCGACUUGGGCAAUGCCCAAAAAUACUUGGACGAAGGUAAGGAACAAAAUGAUGGUACCGAAUCUAUAUGAAAUCAGCCGCGUG